CCGAAUCAAUCCGCACACGACUCUACUCGCUAUGCCGCCAUCGACGACGCCGCUGUACACGGGCCUUCCCCUGGACACGAUGAACCAAACCGCGGACCCCCGCGAAGACUUCAAGGAGUUCGCUUGGGGACAUUGGAUUGAGAAGAACCCGAUCCCGGACGAAUACCCUUCGUGGGGAACCUUCUUGCAGCUGCGUGACUCCGUGCUUGCCAACUUGCGCUCUUUGUGCGACGAAUUGGCGGACAAGAAGAGUUCACUGGAACCUGGAACGCCCAGUGCCCAAAUUGCGCAGUUUUGGGGCACCGCACUGGACGAAGAGGCUGUGGAAGCCAGCGGCACGGUCGCCCUCAACACCCUCUUUGCGCGGGUCGAUGCCGCCGACUCGGUGGACUCGUUCAUCGAAGCUGUCACGUACUUGCAAUCGAAAGGAGUGGGGAGUCUGUUUGAUUUGACGGUGGUGCCGGAUUUCAAACAGUCGGACAUCCUUCGUGUGUUGGUGUCGCAAGGCGGCCUUGGUCUGCCGGACCGCGACUACUACACCGAAGCGGACAAGGCGCCGUUGCUCCAAGCGUACCGCGAUCACAUCACACGAACGUGGAACCUCCUUCACGGCGAUGACAGCGGCGCGGCGGUCGCUGAGACGGUGGUGGCACUGGAAACCAAGCUCGCGCUCGUCUCACGCACGCGCACGGCCAUGCGCGAUCUCGCGUCAUUGUACAACAACCGCACGGAGGUGGAACUUCGUGCGUCGGCCUUUCCGUGGGUCGCGGCGUUUCGAGGCCUGGGCGCGUCGGUCCCCGAGUUUGUGAUCGAAGCGACGCCCGAGUUCUUUUCGCAUGUCGUGUCCGACUUGACGGCCGAGUCGCUGCCGCAGUACAAAACGUAUGCCAAGUGGCACGUACUGCACCAACUGCUGCCUUACUUUCCGUCCCAGUACGUGGACGCGAAUUUUGCGUUUUCGCAAAAGUUGUCGGGGACCAAGGAACUCGCGCCGCGAUGGAAGCGCGUGGUGGAGGUGCUCAACACGAGCUGCGGUGACUUGCUAGGAGCCGUCUACUGCGACCGGUACUUCACGUCAUCCGCCAAGGAGGCCAUGCUCGAGCUCGUCGGGUACCUCAAGCUCGCGCUGCGCGAGAAGAUUGACGCCCUCGACUGGAUGACACCUGCGACCAAGCUCAAGUCGAUUGAAAAGCUCGACAGUUUCCGCGCCAAAGUGGGGUACCCUGACCAGUGGAUCGACUUGUCGUCGAUCGAGUUGGCCGGCACGUACGCCGACAUGGUGCUGGAGCUCCACCGGUUCGGAUUUGCCGACUUGUUUGGGCGUGCGAACAAGCCGCCCGAGCCGUGGCGCUGGGAGAUGCCGCCGCAGGUCGUGAACGCGUACUACCACCCCAUGUACAACGAGAUUGUGUUUCCCGCGGCCAUUUUGCAGAGUCCCGCGUUCAACGUACGUUGUGGUUAGUAUGUAGUAGUUGAUGGGUGUGGGAUGACUAGUUGGACCGUGACGUGGCCAUGAACUUUGGCGCGAUCGGCGCCGUGAUCGGCCACGAGAUGACACACGGCUUUGACGAUCAAGGCCGACUGUUUGAUGCCCAAGGCAACAUGAUCGAGUGGUGGACACCGGAGGACGUAGAGGCGUUCAAUGCUCGUACCAAGGUCGUGGUGGACCAGUUCAACGGGUACGAGAUCCUGGGCAAGUCUGUUAAUGGCCAGAUGACGCUGGGUGAAAACAUCGCCGACAUUGGCGGGCUCAAGAUUGCGUUCCGCGCCAUGGAGCUGUACUUUGGUGACCACCCCAAGCCAGGUUUGAUCGACGGGUUUUCGCCCGAGCAGCGCUUCUUCCUCUCUUGGUCGCAGUUCUGGGCCAGCCACGCCCGCGACGAGCAGGCGCUCAAGCUCCUCAGUGUGGACGUGCACAGCCCCGGCCAGCUGCGAUCCGUCGCGCCCCUGAAGAACCUGCCAGAGUUUUACAAAGCAUUCAACGUGGGCGAAGGCCAUGGCAUGUACCUGCCAAAGGAGCAGCGGGCUGCCGUGUGGUAGGUAGGUAGAUACAAGUAGUGUCACGAUAUUAAUAGGAUCGAUCAUCCACAGAUUGCCUCAGAAAGUGUACAGUUUCAAGUAGUUACUACGUAGUAAUAAUAAUAGAGACAGAGUGUGGGGCUCUGUAUAGCGUGAA